GUACUGGCACCGCUGUGCAACGACUCUCUCGACGACCAGCAGAGCCUGACAGCCCUUCGCGCACUCCUUUGUCUUUCGAUACCACGCUCGCUCGCAGGACGAACACAUUCAUUUUCCAACUCCCUUCGUUGACGCUCUUCCAUCUCAAGCCAUGGCUCACCAAUAUACGAACCAUGGGGACCGCUCAACCGACUACCUCUCCACACUCCAUGCCAACCCGUCGAACCUAGACGAGUUCAAGUCAUCAUACGACGACCUCAUAGACCAGUACGCAGAACCUUACUCGAGAAUAUCAACCCACCAAACCUUCCGGGUUCAAACCGACCUCACCAGCGAUCUUGACUCACGAAGGCCGUCGUAUUCUUUGGACAAGAAAAAUCCAUACAACGUGGGCAAAGGGGAAGAAAUAGAGGACGACCCCGCUCACUCACUACCACAAGCUUACCCUCCUAGACAAAAGCAAGAAAAGAUCGUGGACAACCGGAGCUUUGUUUCAAGAGUUCUUCCGGACUCUUGGGCUUGCCGACUCUUCGUUAUCACUGUCGUCGUCGAAACGGCUAUAGACCUUGCCAUUGAGGGCGACUUACUCGUACGAUUACAAGACGGAGGCGAUGCCGAAAGUGAAAGUGCGAAGAAAAUGCCCGUAUACCUUAGCAUCUUUGCACUUGCGCACAUUUUUCAGCUUGUUCUUGCUGUGGAUGCAGUGUAUGCUCGAAAUACGCUGCAGUUUAUCUGUCUCAUAUUGUUCAACCUCCUCUUCCUGAUCUACGCCGUCAUCCAAAUAGGGGAAAUACAAGGCUCGACGACGACUUCCGAUGGGCCCAUUCACAUACCAGUGAACGUGCUUACGAACAUAAUCCCUGGCGUAAUAUCGGCUGCAGAACUAGCGUACAUCGCCCUCGGCUGGAAAAUUUACAAAGAAUUCGGCUGGAAGGUAUACAAGUUUCUUGGUGCCGACCGACGCAUCAAGAAGAUGUAUGCCAGUUAUCAGAUCUUCCAAUGUCUCGUCAAAUUUGAUCUCUUCUUCUGGAUCGGAUUCACCGUUCAGUUUCUCUGGCUAGUCCUUGAAAAGAGUGACUGGGAAUACUACGUCACCCUGGCCGCUUUGCCACUAUCCAUCAUUCUUCUCAUUGAGGGUCACCUCGCAGCACGCUACGAGAACAAGUGGAUGAUGGCAACUUUCAUGUCAGGAUGUAUUGGGGCUUUAGUGUACUUCAUUUACAAGCUUUACAAACUCUUGAAAUAUCGCAAUACGGACUACGCUGACGUAUGGCACUCGCUAACCACCUUCUCUGCCAUUGCCAUCUUUUUACUUUUGAUAACGAUUGCUUUCACCAUCAUCGUGAUGCGAAACUUUGGCAGAGGCUUGAAGAACUCAAUUGCGAGAAGCACAAAUCACGCGCGUACAGGUUCUCAGCCCUUCCACCGCGGACCGAUGAGCAUGAAUCCCAACCGGAUGAGCAUUGACUGAAGGCAUAAUUUUGUUUGCCCAUUAAAUGGACCUUGUGUACUUUAUAGGCGUUAUCGCCAUCUUGUUGACUCAUUAUGGCGCUCCUCUUCCCUCUCCCUUGACCAGCAUCCAUAAGUACUCCCCCUUUUUCGGCGUCCUUUGCGCAUAUUUCUCCAUGAUACAUAUAUACCGUCUCACCCUUGCCUCCUUUGAUUCUUGAUUUAUAGGUAUUAGUAUGAUAUAUCCUCACGCUUGAUGCGUUUUUUGUUAUCAUAUUUGUGAAGUUCAUGCCAGA